GACCUACAUGGAAGUACACAUUCAAAAAGUCGAUGGGUGAAAUUCUACAAAAUAAAACAUAAAUUGAAUUGGAGAGGACUCAAGGAGUUAGGGGAGUUUUAUUAGCAAAAUCGUAGAAUGUUCAGAUUUGACAGACAACAGUAAAAUACUGGUACAUUGACAUAUGAUGAGGCAAAAUGGUUAUUCUGCUGAUCUUGAUAAUUGGAAUAGUAACUGGAUAUGACCUUAAAUGUCCAGCCAAGGCAGAAUGGAGAUUGAGAGCAAACGUUUCGUGUUAUUCGGAAUCCAAAUACGUUUGUUUGUUCCAUUUACUGGAAGGAAAAUACAAGGAGAGUUGUUUAGGUUCAGAUCAAAGUAGUAUAGGAAGUAAGCUAGUGUUCCAACCAUUGUUUAAUCUAGCAGAAUGUAAUGCCGGAAGAUAUCAACCUGUUGUAUUUACCACCCAUGGAAACAGUGAAUGUAUCCUUAGAAAAUCAAAGUGUGAUGAGGAGGGACAAGUUGUAUACAGCAAUGGGUCUUAUAGCAUUGAUACUGCUUGUCGCUGUGACUACACACAGGGAUAUGCGUUUGUUGCAAAACCAAAGAACAGUUGUUUCUGUAACCCAUCUGAGGAAGAUUGUUCUUGUUUCAGAGAUAACUGCAACAUAUUAUCUCCAGAUUAUCAAUGUAUCAAUGAAGAAGACACAAAAGCAAAUGUAACAUGUCAGGAAAUAUAUUCACAUAUGUAA